UCGACUAAAUACGAUUAAUCAUCAUACAUUUUUCUGGUUGCUCUCAUCUCUCAUCAAAAUGAGCGUGGAAAAUGGGAAAAAUGAACUGUCUAACGUUGACAAAUCAAGUAUCAUGAGCCAUGAAGGAAACACUAAGUGGCUUAAUGCUCAUAAUGACCCUGUGGCAAGCCUCUACACAUUCUCAUCAUGUAUGGCCUUUUCUGACAUAUCUGGUGAUGGGGAAGCGAAGCUGGUGAUAGCAGACCUGGGUACAGGGACCUUUGACAUGAAGCUUAAGGUGUAUAAAGGAACUACCCUCAUCAGUGAGAAUGCCAUCAUUGAUCUACCUACAGGUGUCUGUACAUUCUACAUGGAUAACAAUGAACCCAGAGUACCAGCUAUUGGUGUAGCAUCAGGGCCGUACCUGUAUGUCUACAAGAAUCUGAGGCCUUACUUCAAGUUUACUCUCCCUCCACUUGAUGUUAACCCUGUUGAGCAAGACUUAUGGAAUCAGGCUAGAGAAGAUAAAAUUGAUGUCACUGUACUGAGAGAAAUGCUCGAUAGUAUAAGAAGAGAAGGAAACGAGGGAGCCCUAACAGUUCGGUCUCUCAAGUUUCUAAUGCUACAAGACAGGGAACAGAUGGAAUCAUUUGCCAAUCUGCAUAAAGUAGGCCAGCUCAGAAGACAGACUGUGAUAACAUGUCUGGACACAUUACAUAAGAGUACAGCAGAGGAUGAUGCAAUCAGCUGUCUAGUCGUUGGCACAGAGAGUAGAGAGAUCUACGUCUUAGAUCCGGAGGCUUUCACCAUUCUUACAAAGAUGGCAGUGCCUAGUGUGCCUGUAUUUCUCAGUGUGUCAGGGCUGUAUGAUGUGGAGUUUAGAAUCGUCAUGUCAUGCAGGAAUGGAAAUAUUUACACACUUAAGAGAGGAAUGAAGAUGGCCAAGUUAUGCUUUGAGCUGAACUCACAACCUGUUGGACUCCAGCGAGUAGGGAAGAACAUCAUCGUAGGGUGUAUGGAUCAGACGUUACAGUGCUACUCCACCAAGGGUAAGAAGCUGUGGACAGUGUAUCUACCUGCUGCUAUUACUACCAUGGAUGUUAUGCACCAUAGACUAAAGGGUUUCAAAGCAGUCAUGGUGGCUCUCAGGAAUGGUGAAGUACACGUCUACAGGGAUAAAUUCCUCAUUAACUCUAUCAAAACAGAGGACAUCAUAACUGGUCUCAAGUUUGGACGGUUUGGUCGUGAGGACAGCACCCUUGUGAUGAGCACCAAGCGAGGAGGUCUCAUGGUCAAGAUCCUCAAGAGAAAUGCGACCUUUGAAGACAAAGACUCGGUGAGAGGCCCUCCAGCUUCACAGCAACAGAAGCUCAAUGUUCCCAAGAAGACCAAGGUCUUUGUAGACCAGACUAUGAGAGAGAGGGAACAUGGUGUCUCUAUGCAUCGGAUGUUCCAGCAUGACUUGUAUCGAUUACGACUUACCACAGCAAGAGCCUUUGUGAAGGCCCUAGAUUCAAGCCUCACACCAGUCUCCACAAACCCCAAUGAACCAAUCAAGCUCGCAGCACAGAUUCAAGGUAUUGGACCAACAUUCAAGUUGACAGUGAGUUUACAGAACACCUCCCUCAGCAAACCAUCGAUGGGUCUCCUCAUCAGCUUCCUGUAUGAUGAGAAACUCUACUCACUACAGAAGACCAUGAUUGCUGUACCUCUUCUUGUCCCUGGCCUGAACUACACAUUUGAGACGCUGGUGGAAUGCAUGAGUGAUAAAGGAAUAGCAGACGUUAUAAAGGUGUUUGUGGUAAAAGAAGGCAGAAGCACUCCUAUCAUCACUGCUGUGAUCAACAUGCCUGUCAGUGAAACUAUGGUGGUCGUAUGAAGCACAUGCAGUUAGGAAAGAGAUGGAACUCUAGACCCUGAUAACUAGGAGCCACCAGGGAGAUAAACAUGUAGACAAUGUCACUGAAGAGUCUUUGCCAUGCAAUUUCUUUUGCAUGAAUAUGUAGUAUUAAGUAUGACAGCCUACUCCCCUGAAAUUUUCUAUUUAAAUUACUCUUUUAGCUAUUUGUUACCUAUGCUGAGGAGACUUUCCUGUUAGUACUCUAUAUGUGAAAUCCCCUUUGCUUGGUAAAGUACUAAGAUCACUGUUAAGAAGCGGAAAUAGACAUAUUAUGGAGGAAUUUGUUUUAUUUGAUAGAAAGGAAGACAUUUCUCAGCAUGCUCAGUAUGGUACCAUGGUGAAAUCUGUAGAUGAUUUUGUGUUGCUCUGGAUAUUACAACUGGUUAUAGAUAACCUGGGCCCAGUUAUAUGAAACUUAUUGUGAAUAACUAGUUACAGUAAUUAUGUAAGUUGUGAUAUGCACUGCAGUGGAUUGCGUCUCAGCAAAUAGCAUUUGUAUUUAAUAUGAAUGUAUACAUCAAAUUAUACUGUAUUUUGUCUUGUAUUAGCUUACAUGGUGCAUGUACGUUCCAUGUAAUUCAGCUGUUAAGCUGCCAUGUGAUUUUUGAUAAGUACCCUUUCAAUCAAUCAAGCAGUUGUUAC